AUGAAAUCUGGUUUUAACACAAUUAUUCCUCUUGAAAACGGUAAGGCAGUUGCAGCUAAUUGGUGUACAAAUGAAUGUCUGUCACAUGUUUUAAAAGAAGUGGAGAAACGUCGACGUCUCAACGAUCUCAUUAUUCAUCAUGACAAUGCAUCAGCACACAAGGCGAUACAAACAAUGGAAUAUUUAGAAGCUCACCGUGUUAAAUUGAUGGGUCAUCCAGUAUACUCACCGGAUUUGAGCCACUGCUACUUCUGGCUAUUUACAAAAAUUAAAGAGCAGCUUCGUGGAAAAGUUUCGAGGAUAUCAAUGAACUUCAUGCUGCUAUUCAGGAACAAACGGACGGUCACCGAAAAGAAGACUUCUACCAAUAUUAUGAACAGUGGUUCGAAAGAAUGA